AUGGCUCAGUCAGCUUCUAGCUCUACAUCUUUUGAGGCUACAUCGGCAAGCCAGGAACACCUCAGUCGUGGAAUCUCGAUCCUAGAAAACCAUCAAUCUGUUGAUAAUGUACCCGACACAUCUGAUUACUCGGCCACGGUUCAAACUCUAAGUUCUGGUCAAGCCAGCCUGACGCACAAUCAAGAGGCUAGAACCCAAACGACAUAUGCGGGAACACUCACAACUCAGUUCCGUGCUAUUUUGAGCCAAAAGCGGAUCCAAACUCUUCAAGACAUCAAGGCUCACAUAUCAGACCCUCACAUUGAGUUAUCUGAGUUUCUUGUUCAAAACUCGAACUACAGCGACGACCCUCCUCCUCCUGCUUACUCUACGAUACGGAAUAUUCCACUCGUCCCUAUGCAGCCUGUACAUGCCAAAGGAAUCAGAUUUAGGAGCAUGUUGCUUCAUAUAUCUACCAUACCAAUGCAGUGGGAGAACCCGGGCUUGCUAGAUGAGGCUUUGCAAUCAGUCCCACUAGAACAUAUUUACCAUGAGGCCGAGGAAGAGAGUCAAAUACUUCAAGCCGAAGCAGGAAGUUUAGGGACAGGUAAGGGGCCGGCUUGGGGUUAUCAAGACUGCGUUGCCAGAGCACUGCUUCGCUGGUUCAGACGUAGUUUCUUCACGUGGGUCAACAACCCAUCUUGCAGUCGUUGCCAUAGCCCCACAGCGGCUGAGGGUCAAGCUGUGCCGGACCCGGACGAGAUGGCCCGCAGUGCAAGGAACGUCGAACUCUACCGGUGUAUAGCUUGUAAUAACUACGAACGAUUUCCGCGAUACAGCGACCCGUUUGUUCUUAUGCAAACACGCCGUGGUCGGGUUGGAGAGUAUGCCAAUUGUUUUGGCAUGCUGUGUCGAGCUAUAGGUUGUCGGGUGCGAUUUGUUUGGAAUGCGGAAGACAACGUGUGGACAGAGGUGUAUUCGAUGCACAGAAAGCGUUGGGUACAUCUAGACUCAUGCGAGGAAGCCUGGGAUAAACCGCGAUUAUAUACAGAUGGGUGGGGUAAACAGCUUUCGUAUUGUAUCGCGUUCUCCGCCGACGGCGCUGCGGAUGUGACAAGACGGUACAUACGUUCCGCCAAGUAUGCUGCUCGUCGAGACCGCUGUUCCGAACCUGAGCUACUUCACAUUAUGGACGAGAUACGAGCUUUACACCACCAAAAGCUGAGCAAGGAGGAUCGAAUGAGACUUGAAGGAGAGCACAUGAGGGAGCAGCGUGAACUGCGCGCUUUCGUCAUCCGCGAACUCGUUACCGAUAUUUGCUCGCUAAGUGUCGAAGAAAUGGCGGACGGUUCUAUACGUGUUAUCAAAGGAGCUGAGAAAAGUAAGGAAGCUGAAGAAUCUGAUUGGCUCACCAGCGAAACGAGUAAGCAUUCGAGCAGUCUCUGA